ACAGUCAAAACACUUCCCCUUUCAUUACUUUUCACACAACAAUUCCUCCACACCUUUAUCUCAUUCCCAUUCCAAUGCUUUUAGGAUAAGCUUUUGAAAUUCUUCCAACAUGAAACCCUAGCUCACCGGAUCUAGGGUUAGGACUCCAAAUCUUCUCACUCCGACCACAAUUUCAGCUCAAAAUCUCCAAAUCACAUGGGAAACUGCUGCAGAUCUCCGGCGGCCGUCGCCAGAGAGGACGUCAAGUCAUCGAACUUCUCCGGCCACGACCACAGCAACCGGAAAGUGAAAGCUAGCUCCGGCAACGGUAAGAAAGCUCCGGUUACUGUUCUAGCUGAUAAAUCGAAGGAGAAUAUUGAAGAAAAGUACGCGUUAGAUAGGGAAUUAGGGCGUGGAGAGUUCGGAGUGACAUAUUUGUGCAUAGAUCGGAGUUCUAGGGAACUGUUAGCGUGUAAAUCUAUAUCGAAACGGAAGUUACGAACAGCGGUUGAUGUGGAUGAUGUGAGGAGAGAGGUGGAGAUUAUGAAGCAUUUGCCGGAUAAUGCGAGUAUUGUGACGUUGAGAGAGGCGUGUGAGGAUGAGAAUGCGGUGCAUUUGGUGAUGGAGUUGUGUGAGGGAGGGGAGUUGUUUGAUCGGAUUGUUGCGAGGGGGCAUUAUACGGAGCGGGCGGCUGCGGCGGUUACGAGAACCAUUGUGGAGGUUGUGCAGCUGUGUCAUAAGCAUGGGGUGAUUCAUAGGGAUUUGAAACCGGAGAAUUUUUUGUUUGCGAAUAAGAAGGAGAAUUCGCCGCUUAAAGCUAUUGAUUUUGGGCUGUCUAUCUUUUUUAAGCCAGGCGAGAAAUUCUCAGAAAUUGUUGGAAGCCCCUAUUACAUGGCCCCAGAGGUGCUUAAGCGUAAUUAUGGACCAGAGAUUGAUAUAUGGAGCGCAGGAGUAAUUCUAUACAUUCUGUUAUGUGGUGUUCCUCCAUUUUGGGCAGAAUCAGAGCAAGGGGUUGCACAAGCCAUUCUUCGUGGGGUAAUAGAUUUUAAACGUGAACCAUGGCCUGGCGUUUCUGAAGGUGCCAAGAGUCUUGUACGCCAAAUGUUGGAGCCUGAUCCAAAGCUUAGGCUUACAGCCAAACAAGUGCUUGAACACCCUUGGAUUCAAAAUGCUAAAAAGGCUCCAAAUGUUCCCCUCGGUGAUGUUGUCAAGUCAAGGCUAAAGCAGUUUUCAAUGAUGAAUCGAUUCAAGAGAAAAGCUCUCAGGGUUAUUGCUGAUUUCUUAUCCAACGAAGAAGUUGAAGACAUCAAAGAAAUGUUCAAAAAGAUUGACACUGAUGAUGAUGGCAUAGUUACAGUUGAAGAGUUAAAAACCGGAUUACAAAAAUUAAAUACACAGCUUGCAGAGUCUGAAAUACAGUCUUUUGUUGAAGCUGUAGAUACAAAUGGAAAAGGCACCCUAGAUUAUGGUGAAUUUGUUGCUGUUUCACUACACCUCAGGAAAAUGGCGAAUGAUGAGCAUUUACACAAGGCUUUUUCAUACUUUGACAAAGAUGGUGACGGUUACAUAGAGUCUGAUGAGCUUCGCGAUACAUUAAUGGAAGACGGUGAUGAUAUUUCUGCUGAUAUUGCAUAUGACAUCUUCCAAGAAGUUGAUACAGACAAGGAUGGGAAAAUCAGCUAUGAGGAGUUUGCUGCCAUGAUGAAAACAGGAACCGAUUGGAGAAAAGCUUCCCGACACUAUUCAAGAGGAAGAUUCAACAGCCUCAGUGUGAAGCUGAUGAAAGACGGUUCUCUAAACUUGGGAAGUACCGCCACCGAGUAAGGUUUAUGUACUUCGCGGGCUUCCAUAACCACACCAGUCAUUUGGUUGACCUACAAGGAUCGAUAAUAGGUGAGUUCUUUCUAUGUUACCUCUCCUAAUAUGUUGUAAAUUUGACCGAACCUUUCUGUCGUAUGGUUCUUGCGCCUUUUUUUGUUUACCAUUUUUAAAUGUUUUAGAGGACUGGUAUUGGUUUAUUUCAUGAAAUAUGUUAGUGUUUUUUUAGUACAUUCUUGGUGAAAAUAGAACUUUAUCUUGUAGUGUAGUUGGUUUUUCA